GUUUUCACACAUUUCGAGUGAUGUGAACUUAGACUGCUAAAGACAGUAUGGCUCAAAACUUUCUUUUGAUCUUUUUGUGCGUGUGGCAAUUUGCUGGUGUGUUUGGUGUUGAUGGCGAUGAAGUGAAGUCAGUGUCAGUGACGGAGGGAGAUUCUGUUACUCUACACACUGAAAUACAGAGAGAUGAUCAGAUAGUGUGGAGGUUUGGACCUGAAGACACUCGUAUUACGGGUGUUAUUAAAUCAUCUAAAGACAUAUCUGCCUCUGAAGGAUUGAAAGAGAGGCUUAAACUGGAAAAGACUGGAUCUCUAAUAAUCAGAAACAUCACAAAAGAAGACUCUGGAGUGUAUAAAGCUCAGAUCAUUGGAAAUAAAGUCUCAAGGAAAACUUUCAAUGUAACUGUAUAUGCACGUCUGCCUGUUCCUGUCAUCAUCAGAUACUGUCCACUAAAUCCUCUAUUAGCAGAAAGAUCAAACUGUUCCUUAUUGUGUUCAGUGUUGAAUAUGAGAGAUGUGAGUCUGUCCUGGUACAAAGGAAACAGUUUAUUGUCCAGCAUCAGUGUGUCUGAUCUCAACAUCAGACUCUCUCUACCUCUGGAGGUUGAAUAUCAGGAUACAAACACAUACAGAUGUGUAGUGAACAAUACUAUCACAAACCAAACUCAACAUCUCAACAUCAAUGAUCUCUGUCAGAUGUGUCCAGAUUACGAAAAUUCUUGCGAAACGUCUGAAGCUGUGAUCCGAUUGGUCGUCUCUGCUCUGAUGGGCGUGGCUGCUGCAGCUGCUGUUGUUGUUUUGAUUUAUGACAUCAGAUCCAGAAGAGCUGAACAGACCAGGGGCCUAUACCAUGAAGCUGGUUUAGUUGGUUAGCCAGCUUUGUUUAGGAUUAGUUUGUUCAAAUCCUGGGUUUUGGGUACCAUGAAAAUAGCUUUUACCAACAAGGCCUGCACAUUGGCUUGGUUUUGUCAACCUGAAACUAAUCCUGUAACCCUGAGUUUGUUUAACCAUUUUCAUGGUACGGGCCCCAGAAGAC